CUGCUUGUUGCAGACGUGCCCUAGCUGGUCCGGAAGUGGGUGAUUCCUUGACUGACUGGUUCGAGGGUUCGGGAGUGUUUCAAGAUUCUAUGGAAGAGAUGUCGGGAGAAAGUGUGGUGAGCUCGGCGGUGCCGGCGGCUACAACUCGGACCACUUCCUUCAAGGGCUCCAGCCCCAGCUCCAAGUAUGUGAAGCUGAACGUCGGUGGAGCGCUCUACUACACUACAAUGCAAACCCUCACCAAGCAGGAUACUAUGCUCAAGGCGAUGUUCAGCGGCAGGAUGGAGGUGCUGACAGACAGCGAAGGUUGGAUCCUGAUUGACCGGUGUGGGAAACACUUCGGGACGAUCCUCAACUACCUGCGGGACGGGGCUGUCCCUCUGCCGGAGAGUCGGCGGGAGAUCGAGGAGCUGCUGGCGGAGGCGAAGUAUUAUCUGGUCCAGGGACUGGCGGAUGAGUGCCAAGCAGCACUGCAGAACAAAGACACAUAUGAGCCCUUCUGUAAAGUACCCCUGGUGACAUCCUCCAAGGAGGAACAGCGACUCAUUGCCACCUCCAAUAAGCCUACUGUCAAACUCUUGUACAACAGAAGCAACAACAAAUAUUCCUACACCAGUAACUCUGAUGACAACAUGCUGAAGAACAUCGAGUUGUUUGACAAGCUGUCCCUCCGGUUUAAUGGUCGAGUUCUGUUCAUCAAAGAUGUGAUUGGUGAUGAGAUCUGCUGCUGGUCCUUCUAUGGGCAGGGGCGCAAGAUCGCCGAAGUGUGCUGCACCUCCAUCGUCUACGCCACUGAGAAGAAGCAGACCAAGGUUGAGUUCCCAGAGGCCAGGAUCUAUGAGGAGACCCUAAACAUCCUCCUGUACGAGUCCCAGGAUGGGCGAGGCCCUGACAACGCCCUGCUGGAGGCCACCGGGGGCGCCGCUGGCCGCUCUCAUCACCUGGACGAGGACGAGGAACGGGAGCGCAUCGACAGGGUGCGCCGUAUCCACGUCAAGAGGCCGGACGACCGCACCCACCACCACCAGUGACACCCCCCCGGACACCCUCGGCCCCAUGUCCUGUGCCUUACAAAAACCAGCGCUUCGCCUCACUUCCACCCCCCACCACACACACACAGGACCCCCCCCCCACAGCUUUGUCCUGCUUAUGCACACAGCCAGCAGGCUACAGCUGCAGGGGAAGAGAGAGGCACAGACUAUUAACUGUUUCUUAAAUGAAAGCUAACUCAGUUUGGCCAAAACAGUGUCCAGUGUAGAUGCAGCUGUUAGCCCACUAUAGGCGUGUUAAAAAGAAGAAACUUCCCCCCCCCACACGGUUUGAAAAGUGCCAUUAUCAUCGGUGGCACAGCGUGUUGUCUUUGGGCCAGACAUGAGGUGGAGUGGGAGAGAAAUGGUAGUCCUUUUCUCACCUUAGUAGUGUUUAGGCCAGUAACAGCGUGAAUGUGUGGCUAAAAGUCACGUGUACGACGACAGUGGGUAUGUUUAUGAAGGGCUCUCUUCAAAAUGGUCUCAUCAUUGUGUGGUGGAAAUUUGAAUAUGAUUUUAUUUUAUCAAAUGACCAUUAAAAAUCCAAGCAGUUGCAAAUGAAUUGAAUGAAAAUGAUAAAAUCUUUAUAAUGCGAUAGCAGUCCCUGAAGUGGUCCAAAACUGAAUCGAAAGCAUUCCUGAGCACUGUGUCCUUGUGCUUUGUGACAGUAGAAUCCAUUUGCCUCUUGGGUUAUUGACUCAAGGCUGAGAAGCUGCUCUGCAAGACAAAAUGAACUGGAGUCCAUUCAGUCCCAGACCUUUUUUGAAUUUGCAGUGAAAGAAAGUGCACUUGUGUCAUAGUGACAGCUAAGGCCGGUAUCCAUUCAAGACAAGGAACUAUACAUAAGUUCUGAAUUUGGUCCUGAUAGUGUUACAUUUUUUUUUAAAGGACACUGAGUGAACUUUUGAGGUGAGCCACAGAUUUCUGCAGUUUUAGCAUAUGCUCCCAUACUAAUACUAUAACAGAUAUUAAGGAUGCAGAUUAGUUCACAUCCCCACCAAGUUAAAGGUUGGCACCUGGUGGUAUGUUUAAAAUACCAUUUAUUAUUAUUAUUGUUGCUUUAAGUUGUCAUCCACAAUAAUCUGCACUCCAUACGGUUUGUGAACAUACUGUGUGUUAGUUGACGUAUUCGUACUGACGUGCUGGGUGAGUCAGUGUGCAUUGUGUGUGAAGCCGCUGUUUUGUGUGUGUGUAUGUACUAUUCUAAGUUUGAAAUGUCAUUUUAUCCUUGUCUGUUGCUGAAGUGUCACUUGAAACGGCUUUUUGUAAUGUGCACUGUCAGAUGCGAGUAGCAACUAGACACUCUCAGCCACUGAUGUUUAGAGGUGAAGGAAACUAUAAAACCCUGGCUUUUGUUGUGCUGUGUUAUCUAUUGUUUGAAGUAAUGUAUUGUGAAUGGAAUGUCUGAACCGGAAAUGUGAGAGGGAAACGGUCAUUGUGCUUUUGUUAUCGGGUCAUGUUAUGUCACUUGUGCUGAUGGGUGUGGCUUAACAGUAUUCUCAAGAAAGUGAGGUUGAGGAGAAUGGUAGGUUGGAAGAUUUUUGAAUUUUGAUGGUAUGUUCAAGUGAAGUGUAGUUUGUCACAAGCUAUGUUCUUAUGGAAAGGUUAUUGGUAAAGGUGUAAAUGUUGCAAAACACUUUGGGAAUGCAACUUGUACUGUUCUGGAUGUGUUGGGGUUUGCCACCAGAGGGCAGUGUGCGAAAAGAUAAUACUAGGCUUCCUUUUCCUGUGUUGCAGACACAGUCAAGUUUCCUUCCACAGUCACUGUAGGGGCAUGCAUGGUAUUUAUUUGGAUCCAUUGACCAUUAAAAUCAAUAUCAUUCUUCUUAGUUACACAAGGCUGGGGAUUGAUCACCUCUCAUUACCUAAUUUCUCAGUGUGCUGAGCAUGUGGAAACUUAAAAGAGGUGAAUUUGAGACGCACAGUGAGGUGUUAAAGUAUACCCAGGUGAUUAAAUUAUUAUACCUGUUUAGAAAUGGAGACCAAGGCCGAAACGGAAACCAGACGCCACCCUCCAGGGGCUGGAUUUGCCUUUAUGGGAGCUUUUACAGUGACUGAAAUUAGAACUGUGCAUCAUUAUAGUGUUCAUGAAAGAAUGUACGUACAUUUUGUUAGAUUCAAAGACAUAUUUUUUAUGAUCAUCACACAUAGAAAAAUAAUCUCUUUGUACAGAUAUGCACAGAAAAAUGUUUUACUUAUAUUUAUACCUACAU